AUGGUGUUUGGGCAGAUUCAACAUUAAAUAUUCCUCGAUUCCUUUUUUUCUUAGCGUGAAGCUUUGGCCAGGAAGACGAAGUUGUUUCAGUUUUAUUUCUUCUCACCGUCGCACAGCGUCACGGCAGUAGAUCCUCGUUUGUGCUGGCGCGGUUAUUUCGUCCCUUUUAUCUUUCCUAAGUUGUCAUCUUGUUGAUCACAGAGAUUUAUUACGCCACGAGGGUCCUCUUAGCGUGAACCAUUUCUCAGACGGCGAUGGACAAGAGGGAACGUUGAGGGUUCCCGAAGUAUUUCAAAGUUGUGGAAAGGGGAAGAGACUUCACACAAUUGGACAAGCGGCUUGGCGUUUCCUUGUAUCUUGGCUUUCUGAAGCCCCAAAGUGAGAACAUGGAGGAAAUAGCGACCUGCGUUAGUCUAUCGGACUGGAUAACGCUGUCGUAUUAUGAAUCUCACGGCGUUCAUUGACUGUCAAUCAUCACCAAGAAUAGGACUCUUGUGGUAAACUCAUCGGAUCUUCGCGUUACCAGAAGUUAUUCUGAAAGGAAGAGCGACUGAUCGUAAAAUAUUUUCAACUUUGGUUCCCAUCUUUCUAGAUCCAGACCAAAACUAUCAGCCAUCUCUGAGUCUGUCUCGUUCAUCAAAGUUUCAUACGGACUUGGAUUUGCACAGCCUUUUUUUCACGAAAAAGGCAACGAGUGUAGCAGAUCACCUUGGUCUCAGCGACACUGAGCCGAGAUUGCUAGAAAUAAUUUUUUCUGGGUGAACAGCGCAUAUAAUUCUAAAAAAAUCCAUAUUUUAGUCACCAGCAUGACAAAUAUUUUUGUUCUAACUCCGCUGUUUUGCUAGUUCAUCAACUGAAAGCUUUAAACUCUUCACGAGUUUCUAUUUUCAGGGUCAUCCUUUGGGACUCAUCUGCUAUGACAGUGGAAAUUUUAAACCAGUACUGCGUCCUUCGAUGCCCGGUUACCGCGUGGAUGCCGCGGGAAGGGAAAAUACUCGAGGCUGGAACACGUUGGAAGUGAGGGUAGAUCUGCGGCAAGGAUAAUCGAGAUGGAUAACCGUCACGUUGGGGGGACUGUUCUUCAUGUUGACUGGAUAGACAACAAGGAGUGCCGAUCCAGCUGAGUGCGUGUACAGGUGCGGUUCGACGAUCACGGCAUCAUGGCCAAAACUCCCUCGAUUGGCUAG